UCUGGCGCUGACGGGCGGAGACUCCCAGGCUGGGUGGCAGAGGGAGGAGUUUACUCGGGCCGCUGCCGCCCUGCCGCGCGCAUUGUGCAGCAGGCGGGUCCCCGCGCGCGCGGCAGGGUCCUCGGCUCGCGCUGCUCCCAGGGAUGGUGAGCAAGGGGCCCGCUGCUACGCCUGCUGACUGCCGUCAACCGGAGGAGAAUGAAGCUGCUAGUGGUCAUCGCUUUUGUCGCCUACGUAGCCUCAGCUGUUUGGGGCAACUUCGUUAAUAUAAGGUCUAUACAGGAAAAUGGAGAACAGAAAAUUGAAAAUAAGAUAGAAGAGGCUGUUGCACCUUUGAGAGAGAAAAUCAGAGACUUGGAAAAAAGCUUUAUCCAGAAGUACCCACCAGUGAAAUUUUUAUCAGAAAAGGAUCGAAAAAGAAUUUUGAUAACUGGAGGAGCAGGGUUUGUGGGUUCUCAUCUUACUGACAAACUAAUGAUGGAUGGCCAUGAGGUUACAGUUGUGGACAACUUCUUUACGGGCAGGAAAAGAAAUGUGGAACAUUGGAUCGGCCAUGAAAACUUUGAACUAAUUAACCAUGAUGUUGUAGAGCCCCUCUACAUUGAAGUGGACCAGAUUUAUCAUCUAGCAUCUCCUGCUUCUCCUCCAAACUACAUGUAUAAUCCUAUCAAGACAUUAAAGACCAACACAAUCGGAACACUAAAUAUGUUGGGGCUGGCAAAACGUGUUGGAGCACGUCUUCUUCUGGCCUCCACCUCGGAAGUAUACGGAGAUCCAGAAGUCCAUCCCCAGAGUGAAGAUUACUGGGGCCAUGUAAAUCCAAUAGGACCCAGAGCCUGUUAUGAUGAAGGAAAGCGUGUGGCAGAGACCAUGUGUUAUGCCUACAUGAAGCAGGAAGGGGUUGAAGUACGAGUUGCUAGAAUAUUCAAUACUUUUGGGCCACGGAUGCAUAUGAAUGACGGCCGAGUUGUCAGUAACUUCAUUUUGCAAGCUCUCCAAGGGGAGCCUCUCACAGUAUAUGGUUCUGGGUCUCAGACUCGAGCAUUCCAGUAUGUCAGUGACCUAGUAAAUGGACUUGUGGCCUUAAUGAAUAGCAAUGUUAGUAGCCCUGUCAACUUGGGGAACCCAGAAGAACACACAAUUCUAGAAUUUGCUCAGUUAAUUAAAAACCUUGUUGGUAGUGGUAGUGAAAUUCAGUUUCUCUCAGAAGCCCAAGAUGACCCACAGAGAAGAAAGCCAGAUAUCCAAAAGGCCAAGCUAAUGCUGGGAUGGGAGCCUGUGGUCCCGUUGGAAGAAGGCUUAAAUAAGGCAAUUCACUAUUUCCGUAAAGAACUUGAGUACCAAGCAAAUAAUCAAUACAUCCCCAAACCGAAACCAGCAAGGAUAAAAAAAGGCCGAACACGACAUAAUUGAAGGGAGGAUUUGCUUCUCUGGACAGGAGAAUUCCCUCUUUUACAUUUGACAGGAUGUAAUUUUUUUUUCCUUUUCCUUUUUUUUUUUUAAAGAAAGACUUAAACAGGUGUCAUGAAGAACAAACUGGAAUUUCAUUCUGAAGCUUGCUUUAAGGAAAUGGAUGUGCCUAAACCCUUCCCCAACACACACACACACACACACACACACACACACACACACACACACAAAAAC